AUGAAAGAUACAAAUAAAUAUUUAUUACAUAAGGAGCUUAAUAUUGGACCAUUUCUUUUCAAUGUGAUCAUUGGAAUAAUUAUUGGUUUAUCAAUAGAAAUUCUUCCAAAUCUUUAUUUGGAACCAUAUCGCCGUGGAUUUUAUUGCGAUGAUACGACAAUUCAAUUACCCUACAAAUCCAGUACCAUAUCAACACCAAUGCUUUUCAAAGCCCUGUUCAUUCUUCCACUUAUUGGAGUUGCAAUUAUCGAAAUAUGUCGCUCGAAAUGUUGCAGAGAGUUAUAUAGUUGGCGAGGUUUUAAUCUUAAUCAAAUAUUAGUCAAUUGCUUUAAAUACUAUGCAUAUCAUAUGCUUGGAAUAGUUCUAGCACUUUUGCUAACAGUUCCAACAAAGUUUAUUGUUGGUGAACUAAGGCCAAUAUUCUUGGAUAUAUGCAAUCCAAUAUAUGAUAGUAAUUAUUGUCAUAACCAUACAUAUAUCUUGAAUUAUGAAUGUCGUGGCAAUAUGUACAAUCAUACGAUUAAAGAAGCACGACUUUCAUUUUUUAGUGGACAUGCUUCAUUGGCUAUGACAACGGCUACUUUUUAUAUUAUUUAUGUGCAAUCAAGAAUUCCACGUACAAGCUUGGCUAUUAUUGCGAAACCCCUGGUACAACUAUUUGUUCUUGGCCUAGCGCUCUAUACUGGAUAUACUCGAAUUACUGAUGGCAUGCAUCACUUUCAUGAUGUGAUCGUUGGAUAUAUUGUUGGUGUAUUAUUAGGCUAUAUCACGGCUAAAUACAUAGCAGGAUUAAGCAUGAAACCUGAUAAAAUACGACAAAAUGAAGUGGAAUUGCAAAAAAUUGAACUCCACUAA